AUGGUUCCCAUGGAGCAGGCUCGGUCACAGCCUUCGACUGAUGGUUCCCAUGGAGCAGGCUCGGUCAGUUCUGGAGCACAGACCUCACCGGGCAGUUCUGGAGCACAGACCUCACCGGACAGUUCUGGAGCACAGCUUUUGACUGAUGCUUCCCAAGGAACGGCCUCGGUGCCGGUCGGUGAGGGCACGAGCAUUCAAACCCCGUCGGGCAAUUCUGGAGCACAGUCUUUCACUGAUGGUUCGCAUGGAACGGGCUUGGUGCAAGCCGGUGGUGAGGGCGCAAGCAUUCAGACGCAGCCGGGAAGUUCUGGAGCACAGCCUUUUGCAAAGCCUUCCACUGAUGGUUCCCUGGGGCUGGCUCCCAUUGCCAUGCCGAUGGCCCCUGUUCCGGCUACAGAGAAGACACCCUUUGAGUAUGAUGUGCCACUAGCUGUGUUUUCCGAUCCUGACGGAGGCCCUCUCACCUUGAGUGCGUUCUUGGCAGACGGGAAGCCUCUGCCCAGUUGGCUCAGAUUUGAUCCAAAGAAGCGGUCCUUUUCCGGCACACCACCAAAUCAAGACCAGCUGCAAAUUAUGUUGAAGGCUACAGACCCGCAGGGCUUGUCAGCGGUGACCAGCUUCACUCUGCAAGUUUCUCCUGGUUUAGUUCCAGCAGAGGGAACCUCAAUUUAUUCACCUGAUGGUAUUCAUGAAGCAGGCUCGGUGCCAGGCAGUGGUGACGGCACAAGCAUUCAGAAUCCGCUGGGCAAUUCUGGACACAGCCUUCGACUGAUGGUUCCCACGGAGCAGGCUUGGUCAGUUCGGGAGCACAGACCUCACCGGGCAGUUCUGGAGCACAGACCUCACCGGACAGUUCUGGAGCACAGCUUUUCACUGAUGCUUCCCAAGGAACGGCCUCGGUGCCGGUCGGUGAGGGCACGAGCAUUCCAACCCCGUCGGGCAAUUCUGGAGCACAGUCUUUCACUGAUGGUUCGCAUGGAACGGGCUCGGUGCCAGCCAGCGGUGAGGGUGCAAGCAUUCAGACGCAGCCGGGAAGUUCUGGAGCACAGCCUUUUGCAGCGCGGUUGGUGA